AUGGACCGCGGAGCUGCCGCGGCCCAGGGCACUGCCCCGCCUCAGGAUGGAGAGCAACCCGCGGAAUCUCCAGAGCCGCCGCCGCCGUGGCCGCCGCCGCAGCCGCCGCUCCUGCGGUCGCCGCCGGCGCGGGCUCCUCGGCUGCUCUGCGCGCCUUCGCCGGAACCGGCACCGCAGUUCUGUCCCGAGCUUGCUCCAGAACCUGGUCUGGAGGCGACCCCAGAACCAGCCUCAGAACUCGACACAGAACCGAUCCUAGAACCAGAUAGAGAACCAGCCCCAGAUCCAGCCCCUGAGCCGAUCCCAGUACCAGCCGUAGAACCGGCCCCCGAGCCGGCCCCAGUACCAGCCAGAGAACCAGCCACAGAGUCCUGCCCUGAGCCGGCUCAAGUGUCCCGUCUGGAGCAGAGCCCAGCACCACAUUUAUUGCAGUGUCCGGUGGUCGCUCCAGAGAAGGGUCUAAGGACCUCGCCAACGCCGCGAACACCAGUGCCAGUGCCACUGUCCAGUAUAAAGAAAAUACUGAAGGAAGGACCUCUGCUAAAGAACUGUAACUCAUUCAAGAGAUGGAAGCUUAGAUAUUUUCUGGUUCGAGGACAAAGGCUCUGCUUUGCACACCAUCCUGCGUUUGCACGCUUUGAAACAAUUGAUUUGUCUCAAGUUGCCUUGGCAGAAAGCAGCUGUAGAAACCCUUGCCACAGUUUUUGCGUGAUCACACCACAACGAAAAGUUACGCUGGCUGCACCCAAUCGGAAAGACAUGGAAGAAUGGAUUAACGUCAUAAAAACCGUGCAACAGGGAGAAAUUCGUAAGAUACCUGCAGCAGAAAACAACCCUUUUCUUGUUGGAAUGCACUACUGGUAUUCGAGCCAUAGUCCCCGGACCCAGCACUGCAAUGUUUGUCGGGGGAGCAUUCCUGCCUUAUCUCGAAAUGUUAUCAUCUGUGAAGUGUGCAAAGUAAAGUCUCACAGAUUAUGUGCUUUAAGAGCAAACAAAGAUUGCAAAUGGAAUACAUUAUCCAUUACUGAUGACCUCCUCAUGCCUGCAGAUGAAAAAACCAUGCCUCAUCAGUGGGUAGAAGGAAACAUAUCUGCCAGUUCUCAGUGUGCAGUAUGUCAGGAGAACUGUGGCAGUUACCAGAGACUUCAAGAUUUCCGGUGUCUCUGGUGUAAUUCUACGGUGCAUGAUGACUGCAGGAGACGGUUUUCCAAGGAAUGCUGGUUUGGAAGUCAUCGAUCAUCAGUCAUUCCUCCCACUGCCCUGAGCGACCCCAAAGGUGAUGGCCAAUUAGUAGUAUCUCCAGACUUUUGGCAUCUUGAUUGGUCUUCAGCCUGUUCAUGCCCCCUUCUCAUCUUCAUCAACUCCAAAAGCGGCGAUCAUCAAGGGAUCGUCUUCCUCCGGAAAUUCAAGCAGUACCUUAACCCAUCUCAAGUGUUUGACCUGUCGAAGGGUGGACCUGAAGCCGGGCUCUGCAUGUUCAAGAACUUUGCUCGCUUUCGCGUGGUGGUUUGUGGUGGAGAUGGCAGUGUGAGCUGGGUCUUAUCUCUGAUUGAUGCCUUUGGAUUACAUGAACAGUGUCAGCUGGCAGUCAUCCCUCUUGGAACUGGUAAUGACCUGGCCCGUGUCCUCGGCUGGGGUGCAUUCUGGAACAAAAACAAGUCACCUCUGAACAUCCUCAACAGAGUAGAGCAAGCUGGUGUGAGGAUUCUAGACAGAUGGAGUGUGAUGAUCCGUGAGACUCCCAGACAAACCCCAUUGCUAAGAGGGCAAGUUGAAAUGGACGUACCCCGAUUUGAGGCUGCUGCCAUCCAACACUUAGAAUCUGCAUCCACUGAGUUAAACAAAAUCCUGAAGGCCAAGUACCCGACAGAGACGAUUAUCGCAACCAGAUUCCUGUGCUCAGCAGUGGAAGAUUUUGUGGUUGAUAUUGUAAAGGCCUGGAGCCGGAUAAAGCAGAACAAUACAGCAAUAGAGUCUGUCAUUUUGAAAAGCGACUUAAUGUACGACAAGCUCAGUGUCCUGAUUGAUAUCCUUGCUGAGGAUCCAGCUGCUGAGAAGAGUGCCAAAGCACAUAAAGAAAGUGCCAAGGCAGAUGGAAAGCCCUCCAUCCCUGAAAUAGACCACAUAGCCAAGUGCAAGUUGGAACUGGCUACAAAGGCCCAGAAUCUCCAAAAGUCAUUGAAACUCAUCAUAUUCCAAGUUGAACAAGUUCUUGAUGAGCAAAGCCGACAGACAAUAUCAGUUAAGAACUUCAGUUCAACUUUCUUCCUAGAAGAUGACUCAGAAGAUAUUAACCAGAUGAGCCCAAGACACCGUUCUCGUCUUGGUACUCUGUCUUCUAUAUCUUCUCUCAAAAGUGAAGACCUAGAAAACCUCAAUUUGGAGCACUUAUAUUUUACACCUGAAACUAUACGCUUCAAAGAAAAGCGUGUCAUGAACAACUAUUUUGGAAUUGGACUAGAUGCUAAAAUUUCUCUGGAAUUCAACACCAGAAGAGAUGAACACCCAGGACAAUACAAUAGCCGCUUUAAGAACAAGAUGUGGUAUGGCCUUCUGGGAAGCAAGGAACUCUUUCAGCGCUCUUACAGGAAACUGGAAGAACGAGUGCACCUGGAGUGUGAUGGAGAGGCCAUCUCCUUGCCAAAUCUGCAAGGCAUUGUAGUGCUCAACAUUACCAGCUAUGCCGGAGGCGUCAACUUUUGGGGAAGCAGCACGGCAACCACAGAAUAUGAGGCUCCUGCGAUAGAUGAUGGGAAGCUAGAAGUAGUGGCAAUCUUUGGUUCUGUACAGAUGGCAAUGUCUCGUAUCAUCAACCUCCAUCAUCAUCGCAUCGCCCAGUGCCGUGAGGUGAUGAUAACUAUCAAUGGUGAAGAAGGUGUCCCAGUGCAGGUGGAUGGGGAGGCCUGGGUUCAGAGGCCAGGCCUUAUCAAGAUUAGAUACAAGAACACUGCUCAGAUGUUGACCAGAGAUCGGGACUUUGAGAACUCAAUGAAAAUGUGGGAGUGCAAGCAUUCUGAAAUCCAAGCUGCCUCUCAACCCCAGCUGGAUUCCCAGGAAUCUCAAGAUAGCCUCUCUGAUGAGGAGUAUGCCCAGAUGCAGCACUUAACUCGGCUUGCAGAAAACCUCAUCAGCAGACUUACUGACCUGAGCAAGGUCCACCAGCAUGUGUCUGUCCUCAUGGAUUCUGUGAAUGCCAGUGCUAACACCCUAAAUGAAGUAUUUUACAAACAAGAGAGUGGCAAUGAGACAGCUGCAGCUUCCUGCACUCCCAUUGAGACUUUAACCAGAAAUGAUGCAGUAGAUGUUACAUUUAGUCUUAAAGGGCUCUACGAUGACACCAAAGCUUUCCUGGAUGAAAACUUGCUGAGAAACGCUGAAUAUGAGGCCACACUGAAAAUUUCCCUGGAUGCCAUGAAUAAGGAGUUUGAAAAGCUAUCCAAGAUUGACUGGAUGAAUUCAAUCCUUUUCCCAGAGGAAAAGUCCUCAGACACUGACAGCAAAAGCUUCAGAUUGAAAGUUAAGUUCCCCAAAUUGGGGAAAAAGAACUCAGAAGAGGAAUACAAGCCUAAAUCAGGCCAAGGCAUCCCAGGUUUUAUUGGAAAUUUGUGGCAUCACAGACAUCAUGAAGAUGAAGCAAAAUAUGAUGAUUCUCCAACACCAUCAGGAUCUCAACUAUAA